AUGUUCAAAUGUCUGGCGGCAGUGGGAACAGUAGUAUGGAUGACUAUGUUUCUUUUUCUAUAUCAACAAUUAUCAGUUAAUCAAAAUUCAGGUGAUUCAAUUCGAGCGUGGAGGGAGACAAAAGAAGCCAUCGAAAAGCUCCAGGAACAGAAUAUGAAUCUGAAAAAUAUUCUGAAAAUGGAGAGGCAGGAAAGAAAUGAUCAACACAGAAAAAUCCUGGAACAAGCUCACCAGAAUCCUGGAAACGCGGAACUUCCAAGAGCAGAACCAGAGAAAGAAGAGAAAGAAGUUAUCCAAAAGCCAAGUAUCCUAGGAUCUCUGGAACAAGAAUUGCAUAAAAGAAUGUUGGAUGAUAGAAUAAGAGAAAUGUUCUAUCUUGUGCACAGCAAAGCAAUUGAAAAUUCUACCAAAACUCUGAUAGAAAACCAAAUGAUUUCACUAAUGGGCCUAUCAGCUAAAUUAGAGAAACUCGAAGGAUCAGAAGACGAAAGAAUAAAAGAAAGAUCUAAAAUAACUGAAAGAAUUAUGAAGUCAAUUGAAAAAUUGCAAAAUCCUGAAUCCUGUAAAAAUGCCAAUACAUUAGUUUGUAAUCUGGAUAAAGAAUGUGGAUUCGGAUGUCAACUUCAUCAUGUUACAUACUGUGCAAUCACUGCUUUCGCCACAAAAAGAAUGAUGAUUUUGAAAAGAGAUGGAUCUUCUUGGAAAUACUCUUCUCGUGGAUGGACUUCUGUUUUUGAACCAAUUUCGAAAUGCACAUUUGACGAGGCUGUUGGGAAUACAGAAUCGAAGCCGUUUGCUGACCCAUCACCUGCCAGAGUGGUUUCCCUUGGGAUCGUGGAUUCUUUACUUACGAAACCAGCUUUCCUCCCUCAAGCAGUUCCUGAACAAUUUCUCGAAACCUUACACUCUCUUCAUUCUCAUCCACCAGCAUUCUUUGUUGGAACGUUCAUUUCCUAUCUGAUGCGUUUCAAUGCCGAAACCAAAGAAAAACUUGAAGCUGCUUUGAAAGCAAUUCCAUUUGACCAAGGUCCAGUGGUUGGACUUCAAAUUAGAAGAACUGAUAAAGUUGGCACGGAAGCAGCUUUUCAUGCACUUAAAGAGUAUAUGGAAUGGACUGAAAUUUGGUUCAAAGUUGAAGAGAAACGAUUGGGGAAAGCAUUGGAAAGAAAAGUAUUCAUUGCAUCCGAUGAUCCAACAGUUGUUCCAGAAGCACAAAAAGAUUAUCCCAACUACAAAGUGUACGGAAGUACGGAAAUUGCAAAAACGGCUCAACUCAAUAACAGAUACACUGAUGCCUCUUUGAUGGGAGUUAUCACUGAUAUUUAUAUUUUGAGCAAAGUUGAUUAUCUAGUAUGCACAUUUUCUAGUCAGGUAUGUCGAAUGGGUUAUGAACUGCGUCAACCAUCUGGAUCUGACGAUGGAUCCAAGUUCCAUUCUCUUGACGACAUUUAUUAUUUCGGUGGACAACAAGCUCAUGAAGUAGUUGCUAUCGAAGAUCACGUUGCACAAAAUAAUCAAGAGAUUGAUCUGAAAGUUGGUGAUAAAGUUGGAAUAGCUGGAAACCAUUGGAAUGGAUAUUCCAAAGGAACAAAUCGACGAACUUACAAAGAAGGAGUUUUCCCAUCUUAUAAAGUUGUCAAUGAUUGGAGGAGGUUCAAUUUCGAAGCACUUCUAGAUUAG